UCUGUUUUUUCGCUGCUCUUUGAACUUCGAUCUAUACUUCUAUGCCAAACCAUUCAAACCUAAAAGUCACCACAACUUCGUUUAUGCAAUUAAGCGAUUAAGCAAUAUUUCUGAUUCUGAUUGUGAUUCUAUUCGAGUUUUUUUUUUUUUUUUUUCUCGUCAUGGCUUUGAGAACUGUGACUAGAAGGUUUGGGAAUAAACUCUCGCCCAUGUUAUCUUCCACUUCAAGGCUCCUACAUUCUCAUGCUACAAGCUUUGGAUUCAAACAAGUAAAUGAAGAUGAAAAGGCUCGCAUGGUUGGUAACGUUUUCACGAGUGUUGCUGCAAACUACGAUACUAUGAAUGAUCUAAUGAGUGCUGGAUUACAUAGAUUGUGGAAGGAUAGGUUAGUUUCAAAGCUGAAUCCUUUUCCUGGAAUGAAGCAUCUUGAUGUGGCUGGUGGCACAGGGGAUGUUGCUUUUAGAAUCUUGGAGAACAUAAACAGAGUUAAGCAGAGAGGACUUCGAGAUGUUUUUGAAGAUACUUUAGAGGCAGAAACUCAGAUAUAUGUGUGUGACAUUAACCCUAACAUGUUAAAUGUCGGCAAACAGCGGGCCAUGGAGAAGGGUUUUGGAGAAGAUGGCUCCCUUAUAUGGGUGGAGGGAAAUGCUGAAAGCUUGAGUUUCCAAAAUGAUUCAAUGGAUGGUUACACUAUUGCUUUUGGGAUAAGGAAUGUUACACACAUAGAGAAGGUUCUUAGUGAAGCUCAUAGGGUAUUGAAACAAGGAGGCAGGUUCCUUUGCCUUGAACUAAGCCAUGUUGGUAUUCCUAUAUUUAAAGACUUGUAUGACUAUUAUUCUUUCUCAGUUAUUCCAUACAUGGGAGAGCUGGUUGCUGGUGAUAGGGAAUCCUAUCAGUACUUAGUUGAGAGUAUCAGGCGUUUCCCUUCACAGGAAAAAUUUGCAUCGAUGAUUGCGGAUGCAGGGUUCCAGAACGUAGAGUAUGAGAAUCUAGUUGGGGGAGUGGUUGCCAUCCAUUCAGGGCUGAAAAUCUAAUAUGAUAUUAUGAACUUCACUCUUGAUUAUCUAAUAAUUCAUGCUUCUUUCUCAAUUAUAAGCAUGGAGAUCAAGUGUGAUAUUGUUAGAAUUCGUAGAGAAGAGUUUAGUUUGUUAGAAUGUGUACUGUAAUUUCUGCCGUUAAAUUUGGCGUUUGCAAUUCUUUUGCCGAGACUUGACAAUUUUCUUGAAAGAUGUAUAUAUUAAAAGGAAAAACUAUUUUCACUUA